CUUUGUCUCCCUUACAUGUCUCGUUCUUUCCUUCCCUUUGCACUGUCAGACUGGUUUCCUUGCCUCUUGGUAGGGAUUUGCCUUUGUGAUGACAAAGCGAGCCAGGCUUUUUGUAAUGGGUGGAAAUGCUGUGUGUUUGGCUACAGCCAGCUGACUUUUGGCUCAGGGACCAGGCUGUCCGUCCAACCAAAGGUUGUUCCAUCUCCUUCGGUCUACAGGCUGACCACUAAAGAUGAUGAGAAUUUGGAAAUGUGCCUUAUCACAGAUUAUGCCCCUAAAAACCUUAAUGUUAAAUCAGACUCAGCUGAUAGUAAGACUGAAGCUGUUGUGGAGGUGGAAACAUCUGAGAAUAAACAGGAAGCAAGCUACCUGACAACCUACUGGGCCAAGAAAGAUAAAAUGGAGUGUGGUGCAGAGGAUGAGAACGCUGGAAAAUUAGAAGGAAAGGAUCCUGAAAGCGGUGCCAGCACUGUCUGUGUAACAGGGAUGUCACCACACUUCAAGACAGAUGAAAACCUGAACAUGCUGUCUUUCACACAGCUGGGCCUGAAAAUAAUUUUAAUGAAAGGAGUAAUUUUUAAUGUGGUGAUGACAAUCCUUAUGUGGAAGAAAAAAGAAUGAAUGUAACCAGUGAAGACAUAAGUACCAAAAAAAUCUGCUGAGAAUCUUUACAGGAGCAUCGGGUGCAAGAGGGAACACAGGCCAGCGUUCCUGUUGCAACAGAUAUCACAUUGUGUUUUCUGUACAUCAAAAAAGUCAUUAUAGUCUAAAUUGCUUUAUUUGCAUUUUUAAAAGCUGCGCAGAGAUAUGCUUACAAUUCUCAGCAUUGUGCUCUCCCACAGAUCUGAUUCAUUUAGCAUGACGAUGACUUUCUUUUAUUUUUUUUUUGGCUGAAGAGCAGAUUGCUUCUCAGAGUAUUCAUUUGCAACUGAAAUGGCAAAGGGAGUCUUAGUCAGGGUGCUAUGCACCAUUUCUUUUCUGACUUUUGCUGUCCGAGCAGGGUGCUAUGCACCAUUUCUUUUCUGACUUUUGCUGUCCGAGCAAGGUGUUCCUCCCUCUAACCCCACCCCAUCCCCCCCAAAAGAAAAAAAAAUGCUGCUAGGUCUCCCAGAAGUCCUUAAAUUAGUAAAAUUCUUGCUUCUCUAUCACAGAAGAAUGCUUUUUGCCAUUUUUUUAAAGUCCACAUGGCCUUUGGAUGCUAUUAAAUAAUCAUUACCAAUAAUAA